GUGGAAAAGAAAGGUAGGGCCUUGAGAACUGAGAGUCGCCAACAGAUGUACCUGAGGUGGGCAGGUAGUGGUGGCCUAAGACUGGAUCCCACAGGUAGACGUCAACGUAAUGACCUGAGAUUUGAACUCCCCGAUAACUUCUGUUAUCAACAUUCUCCGUGUUUAUCAGCUGUGUGUGUACUAGUUCUAGUUGUCAAGUACGUGUGUUCCGUGUGAAUAUGUGUAUGUGUUUGGCUAGAUUGUGAAUGUGUGUAAGGGGAUGUUGUAAAUAUUAAAAUGUGUACACUGGCUUUACAUCGCCUGUGUUCUAAAUGUUAAGAUCUAUUCCUUACUCUGUAUAGUUGUUUUCACGUCAUGUUUUAUAUGGAUUUAUUUUCUCUCUACGGUACGGUAUUCCUUUAAAGACAGGUCAUUUAAGCGAGAAAGUUUUAACUGUUAAACAAACCAGCAAUUUAUAAAACAACAAGCUAACUUUAACAGAUAAACAACUGGUAAUUUUUAAACAGAAGCGGCGUGUGAUAUUACAAUGUGAUCAAAGGAGACAUUUGUUUCGUAAAAACCUUCAGUGAAACCUUUUAAUAACCUUUUUGUUUGUUUUUUUGUGUGUGAUAUUCUAAUGGGGUGAUAUUCAUCUUUGUUUUCCAUGAAAGGGUUCACAUGAUUAGCUGAGAGCUUUUAACAUGUUAAACCACAAAUAUUGAAAGAGAAUUGGUUGCUGUGUUUUUUUGUUUAAAAAGUAAAAAGGAAAUGCCAGCUUUCCACAAUUUAAAGUACAUUCUACUUUUCUGGACACUGUCGGUGACAGAUAUGGACAUGCCGACGUGUCUAGCGGAUGGAUUUUCGGAGGAGGAGUUACAGGCAGGCUUCAUAUUCACUUCCAGGCGGAUACCGCGAACUUUAACACAUGGAGGAACGACAUCGGCGGAGACUGUUGCUAACAGACGGCUUGCUCUAGCUUACCAGGCUCAUCUAUGUUCCUGGAAGUGCCACAGAGACAACUUCACGCAAAGUCUUCCUGACACACUUCGUUUCCCAUUAUUUCGUAUUUCUUGUGUGGACUGCUCGUGCGACAAGGACUGCUCCAAAUAUGGAGACUGCUGCGGGAAUUUCACUCGCUUGCAGGCGCAGCAACACAUGUACGAGUGCGUGCGUAUCAACCAAGACUCUGGUGUGUACGCACUUAAAAGCUGUCCAGAUGAAAUUUAUUCUGGAAGAAAAAAAAUCUUAAAAAAUAGUUCUAAAAAUUCCACGCAUAAGGUAAAAGACUUAAACAGAACAAGGACAGAGUGCCUUAGGUGCUCGAAUGAAUCUGCUUCGUUGAUAUCGGUGGGUAAUAAGACCUACUGCAAUGAGCACUGCUUGCAGUGCAACGAAAGAAGGUCUUUAUUACAGUCAGACAUGAUUUGGAACUCCACGAGAAGUAAUGCCUCUUUAGCCAAGAAUACAUCCCUGGGCAGCAUUUCAAGAGAUAAACAAGAUGCACCUUUAAAGGAAGGACGAGACUUCAUCGAACAUUUCCGGCCAGACGGUGCAGUUGUCCGAGAAUGCGACAUCCGCUCGUCUAAUGAUGCUGGCCCAUGCGACAUCCAUCAUGUCGGUACAGAACUUAGCGCCGAGAAGAAAAUGACUCUAGAACACUUCAAGACCCUUUGUGAAAUCUACGACUCUCCUGUCAUUUUCGGACACUUUCGCUUCAAUAAUGUUUUCUGUUUCUUAUGUCAUAUCAACCUUCCAGGCCAAAAGAUUUCACGCCUGAAAAUUAACCUGUCCAUGUUAACUGACCUAUCCAGGGCGAUCAGGACUGUCCAAGGGAAAUCUAGAGAGGCCGAGAAGAAAAAGCAGGAAAGGGAGCAGGGUGUCCCUGUGGACGCUCCCUGUAAUGGAGGAUACAUGAGAUUUAAAAAUAAGGGUGAAUGCCGUGAAAUACUCUGUGACAGCAGAAAAAGACUAUCGCUGGACAAUGACACUUUGGAGUGGACGUGCACCCCUACUGACCAAUGUCUCGUGAAAGGGUUUAACUUCGUUGUGGCCUGGCACGUGCUCGGACACGUCGCAUCCGCCCGCGAUGGCGACGGCCAAAAGACAAGCGAGGCAGAUGAUUUUUCGGGCUUUGGUGGACACUCGGUGACCGGAAGUGACGGUCAUGGGUCAAGCUUGCCUGACGAGAAGCGUAAAAUCAAUGUGGAGGCCAUAGGGGAGGCUGAACAUUAUUCCGAGGUUAACAUCAGCAUGCUGUCCACAGAGAACGAACAUUUUGUUGUAAACCAGGCGCCCUCUGGCGCAGGGACACGUCUGCCCAACGACGAUAAAGACUUUAAAAAAUCGAGAUAUUACGACCUGGCCAUCAUUAGUAGACGAUUUGUAUGCGCUAAUUUGGCAGCUCUGAACGUGACCAGUUUUUGUGUCGAGAGUUGUUGGCAGGAAGUUGUAAACAAUGAGAACCAGACGAGAAAUAUUAUGCGCUGUAUUCCCGCCUUUGAUUGUUACGCAAAUUAUUCCAUUUAUAACCAGAAGUCAUCAAUUCUAUGCGAGUGUGUGCAGAGUCAUAAACUAAAACAUAACAUCAGUGAGCCGCAUACUAAGGGCUUUCUCUUACAAAGAACACAGCUAGACAGGUCAACUGACAAAUGUAAAGGGAAACAACCGAAGAUUAAUCAGCAGAGCGCGGGAAAAAUAAAUUCCGUGAACAUAGAAAAUUCCAAUUUUGUUACCAGCAAAAUAAUUAUAUUCGCCGACCCAACAGCGGACAUAAAUUCACUAGAAAACAAUUUAAUAUCACAAUAUGUAGGUGUUAAAAAAUUUCGAGGAAUUAAUAUUUCAGUUAAUGUUGAACUAUCGUUGUUGGCUGGGACACUGAAUGAACACGAAUUCAUUGAGGAAAUGGGUAGCCAUUUUGUAAAGUUGACUGCCAUCGGCGCGUGCGCUCACGUGAAAUUCAACGCGUCUGAAGUGAAUGUAAUCGAAGACGGGAAAUUAAUUAUCAUAGAUCUCAACAUAACUUUGCAACGAUACCAAUACCAUCUUCACCAUGACAACACAGUUCUGGUUUGUGUCAAAACCUUGGAUGCUUCGUUCAUUAGCGGAGUGCCACUAAAGAAGGAGGAAUCAUCUCUCUUGGAAGAUCUUGAGAAAAUCUUGACCCGGGUUUCCCUGUCAAUGUCCAUGAUCUGUCUUGUACUAACGCUCGUGACGUAUUGCGCCAUCCCUGCUCUGAGGUCGAUGCCAGGGAAAAACAAUAUGGUCUUAGUUAUCUCCCUUAUCGUGGCUCAGACAAUGCUGGUUGUUGCGUACUUUACGGAAAGGGGCACUUUAGCUUGUACCCUGGUGGGCGUGGCACUACACUACUCCUGGUUGUCCACUAUCUUCUGGAUGACAGUCUGCUCUUUUCACAUGUUCCACGUUUUCGUCAUUCACCAAGCCACGCCAAGCGGCAAUCGGUCUCACCGCUCAUAUCUUACCAGGUAUUUCCUUGUGGUCCACGCGGCCUCAAGUUUAGUCGUCUUGUCUGUGGUAGUCUCAAGCCUCGUCCAGUCUUCUGGGAGCAGCUCAGGUUAUGGGAACUGGGAAUGCUACUUGGAUACGACCCUGCUUGUGGCGCUGGGAUUCGUCCUCCCUUUGUCAGUGGCGGUCGUCACCAACAUCGGCCUCUUCACCGCCACCGUCAUCACCAUCGCCAGGCUCGAGAACGUGAAGAAGCACACCAAGAGAGAACAACACAACGUUCACGUUUACCUCAGGCUCAGCGCCUUGACAGGCAUCACCUGGACACUGGCUCUCCUGGCGGCGAUACCCGGCCUGGGCGUACUUAGGUGCGCCUCCGUUCUGGUCAACGGUUCUCAAGGCGUCUUUCUGUUUCUGUCCUACAUCUGCAACAGACGAGCGUGGACUCUGUGGAGAAAUGUUUUCAGUAAAACGAGACUCGGGAGCUCGAUCAGAUCCAGUCAAAACAUGACCUCAACCACAAGCACUUAAACUCGAACUAAUGCUUUAUUGGAAACUUAAGUUCCUGAACAUGGAUAAUACAUCCAGAUACAAAUAUUACGUUAGACUCGCGGGUCGUUGUAUAUAACUGAAACGCAUGAUUUAGACCUGUUCGAAAAACAAAUACUAAAGGACCUACCAGCAGACAUAUUCCUUGAGUUAUGUUUUUUCUAGAGAGAAAAAAAAAAGCUUUCAAAGAUCAUAUUGCCCUAAAGUAAACAGAUGAUAGCUUCAGUAAUUGAAUCUGAAAUAUCUCUGCGAUCUGCAGCAGACUAAAGACACAUUCGGAAGAAUCAGAUCUACGUUAUAGUCAUACAUUAUAAAGCAGUGUGUUGUGUCAGUAACUAAAUGUGUUCGGUUACAUCUUUCAGAAACUGUCUUUCACUUAGCCACUGGUCCAAAAAACAAAACCAGAUGUAGACCACAGGUGUGAACUAAAGAUAAUCCAUUAUUCUUUCAAUUGAGGGAUGAAAUAUGAACAUUUCAACAGAAUUUUUAUCUACAUUUUUGACUGAACAAAUCUUUGUCUAAAAAGCUGUGAACAAAAUGUUUGCUAUGCCUGGACAUUUUGAGUAUAUCGUUUUUCUUGGUCAUCUAAUAUAUAAAAUAGAAUGUAAGGAGUAUGUAAGUAGGUGUAUAUGCUCUUUAUAGAAAUCAAAACCGUUUGCCAAAUCUUAAUGAAAAUUAUUAUACACGUUUGUUUGAUAAUAGCGGGGAGUUUAGGAUAUAUAAAGUUGUCCUACAACAAGAGAGUUUACUGAAUUUAGGUCUAUAAGGCGUCUUUACUUGUUAACAGCAUAAAGGCCUUUUAUAUUACAAAACAAAAACAGAACGAAAGUACCCAAGCAAAGCCGGGUAAAAAAAACAUUGCUUGUAAAUAUUUAGUUCUUUAAAGUCAUUGUUGCUUAACCCUUAUAGUGCUGAUCUGUUUUACAUUGAGUGCAUACAAAAUGGAAUUACAAUUCUGAUGUUUAGAGGCUAAUCUACCACACGCGUUUAAAGGGUUAAUAACUCAUUCGUACGUAAAGAGUUGGCCUAAUUGAGACUUGCUUACAGAUGACUAACUCGUAGAGUAUUACGAUACCGAAGACUUAAGACAAUUAUGAGACUUACAAAACAAAUCAAUGAAGAGAUAAGCCAAAUAAGUUAUAUUUCUCUUACAUUGUAUUUCAUAUUAUUUUCAGUAAUAUGUAAGUUAUAUUUUGUCAAGUGUUUUGGUGUUGGGGAGAUGUGUGUGACUCUUGAAACUAUAUUUAAUUAUAAAAAUAUAAUUCAUGUUUGAGAGUCUCUUGUACGGGUGUCAUUUUGUAGUGACAGUUAAGCCAAACACAAUAAAGUAAAAAAAAAAAAAAGUUUUUGUAAAAUGUUUUACAUGUUUCGGAUGUUCCAAUCACAGUUGAAAAUAAUCUACUUCCUAGUCCAAACAAACCUCCCGCAGGACGACGGGGGAAGGCAGCGAGCAAAUCCGAACAACAGUCCAGCGCGCAUACACCACGACCAGGCAGCCUGCAAGUCGCCUAAAGUACGGAGAGAAAGAGUUAACGUAGAAUGGGCCACAGUCGCUAGAUGUGGUCACGUUAAAGUCUAUCAACUAUUUUGGAUCGCUAAACUAUAUAAGUUAUUUUUGCAAUCUCAAGGGUCGAGAUAUGUUUUUAAAUGAACUUUGUGUUAAUCACAAUUGAACAUAUGUGACAGAAUUAAAUGUAAAAAUAAUGGUAAUAACUUAUACAAUAGUCAUACAGACUGGUUAUGCUCGUGUGUGGGUGUUAGAUGUAUGUGUCUUAUUAAUGCUGAUAUAAUAUAUACAUAAGUGUGUGUUCGUUUAUGUGGAUUGAAGCCAAAAUUAUGCAUAUGUGACCUAAUAUAUGUGGCCUGGUAUAUGUGGCCUGUUAUUGCAAUUUAUUAUAACUUGCAGCUUUAUUGCAGUGUUACAUGAAUCAAAAAUUUCUGUUAUUUAAUUAAUGUCUAAAUCAGCGGUUCUCAACCUUAUUAGCUCCGGGAUCCCCUAAUACAAUUUUUCCACAAGGCGGCGACCCCGAACCAUAAACCGAACCAUAAACCGUAAAUAUGAUUGAACUAAUGUUAUAAAAUCGUUAUCAAAAUGUAUAUAUCUGAUAUCCAUGUUAUUAAUCCCAUUGUUAGAAACUGAUUAAAAACCUUUAUUUAGUGUAAAAUAAAUGUGUGCUUAAAUUACAAAAAAAAAUGUAUAUUUUAUGACUUACAUUUCGUGUCUAUAAUAUUCAUGUUACAUAAUUGACAAUUUAAAAAAAAAGUUAAUCAUGGAAAAAGUACAGUGUUUGAUACAAUAAACUACAUUGCUACAAAAAUAUUCGCAACAGUAUCUUUAAACACGACAAAGUAAAGGUUGAACUUGUUUCUGUUUCACUACAUUAGGAGUUCACGGGGCUGUCUUUGUAAGAACACAUCUUCUGCAUCAAGUUUUAGUUCUGUAGUUAGACUUGAUGAUAACUAGCAAGUUGAAAAGCAUGUUUCGCAAAGAUAUGUUUUUUGGAAAUGGAAUUGGAACUCAUGACAAGAAAAUCUCAAAUAGAACAGAAUGACUCCUAACACUUGACCCAAAAUUGUGUAACUAACUGACAUUGAAGAGAAAUCAUAUUGAGCUGCAUUGUAAUGCGUCUGGCAGUGCCUUCGUUGCUAAUAUAUGACGAUGAAUCAUACAGUGAAUUUAGGUGAAUUCAUAUGGUGACUAUCUUGUACAAAAAAAAUUGAAAUCCAAAAAUUAACCAACUUUAUUUAUUACAUGACGUGCUGUAGAGCCGUUUCAAGAGGAUUGCAUAGAAACUAAUCUUUGAAAUCGCAAUUAUGUAAGCAUCCAGCUUAAUUAAUAAAAAAAAAAAAUCAGGCUUGACUCAGGUGGCAAGUACCAUAAUUCAAACAUAGAGGCCCUAAAAGCUUCUUUUUGUGUUUGUGGCUCUCAAAAUCGCCAGAGCUAUGUCGAGGUUCGACACCCGACUCGGGCAGAGUUGCGUUUGCUGAGCGCCUAAAGGCAGCACGGAAAACCAACUCCUAGAUACUCCUUCCUCCCCCCCCCCCCCAACCGGUCCACAAUUAAUAAAUUAAUUAAUUUCAAUUAUCAAACGUAAAACAGUAAAGGUGAACAAUGUACAACGUCAAGCUGGAUGCUUACAGUAAUUGUGAACAAUGUACAACGUCUGUUGAUUUAUCAAGCUGGAUGCUUAAUUUAGGAAAAGGAGCAGACAUCAUUUCCUGAAUUACCUGGUCGAUAUGAAGACAUGCCAACUAUUCUCCUAUGAACUGUACCAUUAGCUCUGAAAAUUGCACUAAAUUUAUUAACGAAUUCGGCUCCAAUCAAAACUCUAGCAAUGCCUCGACAACUGUGUAUGGUUUCAUAGCUCUGGCAAUUUUGAGAGCCACAAACAAAAAAAGAAGCUUUUAGGGGCCGCUAUGUUUGAGUUAUGGUACUUGCCACCUGAGUGAAGUUUGAUUUUUUUGACUCCAUCAGCCUUUGAAAUUAAGAUACUGGAUGUCCUAAUCGACAGAUCUCAGACGUUUGUUAAGCUUCAUACAUUUGGCAGAGAGAGCUUCAUUACAAAUGACACAUCGGGGUAUUUCAAAUCAUGCUUUAACAACUGGAGUAAAAAAAAUAAAAAAUCAUUUUCUUUUCUUAACGUUCGAAGUCCAUGUUCUUUGGUUGUUCCAUAAUGAAUUUCAUUCCUUCAAUAACAUGGACUAUAAUUCGAUGGCGUAUUAUUAUUUAAAUUUGUUUCUUUACAUUAUAUCUUCAACAUAGAAAUGUUUGAUCACACAAUGGUGUUACGACGCACUUGAUGGACAGAAAUGAAAAAAAAAUAAAUUCUGCAACAGUGUCGAUGUGGUCGGCAAUGACAAUUAUUUAUAUAUACAGUCCUUUUUUUUUGUAAUUUUCUCCCCACAUUGAUAAAGGUAUGCCGUACCGGUGCGUUCCGUCACUUCGAAGCACUGUAUCUACGGUAUCCUCCCUGUUCUGAGAUCUGUAUUUGUCACCCCCAUUUUUUAUUUUAGUUUAUUGAUGCUAGAUGAUCGUUUCAUAAUAUUCUAAAUAUUUAAUCUGAGUAAUGUCCCUUUUCCUUUUCACCAUGAGUAUAAAUGGUUCACCAACAGUAUAAAUGUAUACUUAUGGUUCAAAUAGGCUUGUUACAACAAGUUAAAGAAAAUUCAAUACAAUUAGCUUACAUUAACAAUUAAUGUUCUUGGGCGACCCCUGGAAAAUGGUCUUUCGACCCCAAAGGCGUCGCGACCCAUAGGUGGGAGAAUGAUACUAGUGCUGGUUAUUGUAACGUUAGUUGCAGGAUUGUAUAAUUGUACAAAUUGAAACAGAUUUACAGUUUGAGUAUCAUAUGAAGAAUCUAAACUGAAAUAAAUGAUAACUCAUCAAACAA